AAAAAUAAAAAUAUUCAUCGAGAAGAACGUUCCCACCACAACCAUAACGACCUUUCCUCCGAUCAUUUCUCUCCUCCUUUCUUGCUCCAGAAAACUCUCUCUAGAGAAGACACUCUCCCCUCUAACUUUCUCGCCUUUUCUCUUCUGGAUUUGGCUCUCUGAUCUUCGUUCGUUUGGAUCCGCGAUGUCGAUGUCGGACUUUGAUUUUUCGUCAAAUGCCGGAGAGUACAAGAACUUUCGUCAAAUCAGCCGCGAUCGUUUACUACAUGAAAUGCUCAGAUCAACUAAAACUGGGGAUUCAAAAUCAACUUGGAAAGUACUCAUCAUGGAUAAAGUUACUACAAAAGUCAUGUCUUCCUCAUGCAAAAUGGCGGACAUAACAGAUGAAGGAAUUUCCUUGGUUGAAGACCUUUAUAGGAGAAGGCAACCAUUGCCCUCCUUGGAUGCUAUAUAUUUCAUCCAGCCUUCAAAGGAGAAUGUUGUCAUGUUCUUGUCUGACAUGUCGGGAAGGGUGCCUUUAUACAAGAAAGCAUUUGUAUUCUUCAGUUCCCCUAUUCCAAAAGAUCUGGUUAAUCACAUCAAGAGUGAUACAAGUGUUCUACCCCGCAUAGGUGCAUUAAGAGAGAUGAAUUUGGAGUACUUUCCCAUAGACAGUCAGGCUUUUAUUACUGAUCAUGAAAGAGCACUGGAGGAGCUCCUGGGGGAAAAUGUGGAGAAUACUCGCAAAUUUGAUAAUUGUUUGAACACAAUGGCCACCCGAAUAUCCACUAUUUUUGCUUCGCUAAAGGAGCUUCCCUUAGUACGAUAUCGUGCUGCCAAGACCCUUGAUGGAUCUGCAGUGGCAACAUUUCGUGACUUGGUUCCUACAAAGCUUGCUGCUGCUGUUUGGAACUCUCUUGAAAAAUAUAAAUCUACUAUUCCCAACUUUCCCCAGACUGGAACAUGCGAGCUCCUUAUCUUGGAUAGAUCUAUAGAUCAGAUAGCUCCUGUCAUACAUGAAUGGACCUAUGAUGCCAUGUGCCAUGAUUUUCUGGAUAUGGAUGGAAAUAAAUAUGUACACGAGAUUCCUAGCAAAACAGGGGGUGAACCUGAGAAAAAGGAGGUCCUUUUAGAAGAUCAUGAUCCUGUCUGGCUCGAGCUCCUCCAUGUACAUAUUGCCGAUGCUAGUGAACGGUUGCAUGAUAAAAUGACCAACUUUGUCUCAAAGAACAAAGCUGCACAACUCCAUCAGAGAGACAGUAACGAAUUAUCUACACGAGACUUGCAGAAAAUGGUUCAAGCUUUGCCACAGUAUAGUGAACAAAUGGAGAAGCUUUCUCUCCAUGUUGAGAUUGCUGGUAAAAUCAACAGAACUAUCCGAGAGAUGGGACUUCGAGACCUUGGGCAACUGGAGCAGGAUCUUGUCUUUGGAGAUGUAGGAGCAAAGGAAGUGAUAAACUUUUUAAGGACAAAGCAGGAUGCUACUUCUGAAAAUAAAUUGCGUCUGUUGAUGAUAUAUGCUUCCGUUUAUCCUGAGAAGUUUGAAGGUGACAAAGGUUUAAAGCUAAUGCAGUUAGCAAGAUUAUCACCCGAGGAUAUGAAAGUUGUGAAUAACAUGAGACUGCUUGAGGGAUCAUCGGCUACCAAGAAGAAGUCCAGUGGGGGUUUCUCACUUAAGUUUGAUGGUCAGAAGGUAAAGAAUGCAGCUAGAAAAGAUCGAACCACUGAAGAGGAAACGUGGCAGUUAUCACGAUUUUAUCCCAUGAUAGAGGAGCUGAUUGAAAAACUCAAUAAAGGUGAAUUACCCAAGAAUGAAUAUCUGUGUAUGAAUGAACCAAGUCCACCUGUCCCACGGAGCACUGAUGGUGCAUCUGCACGGACGAGUCAAGCUCCAGCUUCUCAGCCAGUAAAAUCAAGACGAACUGCAACUUGGGCACGUUCUCGUGUUUCUGAUGAUGGAUGUUCAAGUGACUCAGUUUUGAAGAAUGUGUCUGUGGAUUUCAAGAAUAUGGGGCAGCGAAUUUUUGUCUUUAUCAUUGGAGGAGCAACGCGAUCUGAGCUGCGGGUUUGUCACAAGCUCACAGCCAAACUGAGGAGGGAAGUUGUCCUAGGCUCCUCUAGUAUUGAUGAUCCUCCACAAUUUAUUACGAAACUGAAGAUGCUGUCAGAAAAGGAUAUCUCAUUAGAUGGCAUUAGAAUCUAAAAUUUGGUUCCUGGACAGUCAAGGUCGGUUUUCUCUUUUGUAAUUAUGAAUCUGUAAUUCUUAUUUUUGUCCCCUUUUUUUUUUAUUCUUUUAUUUAUAUAUUUCCUUUUUGUUCCCAUUAAUAUAGAACUUUUCCCAUGAGAUCAUCCUCAGUUGUUCAAACAGAAUGGGCCAUUUUUGGCACCACAUAUAAAGGUCCUGUAUUAUUUUGA